GCUCAGCUGAAUAUCCAACGAGGAAUAGAGAGAAGAAAGCCACAGGAGAUCAUGAGCAUUAAGCAGGAGUUCAAUGCCAAGCAGUUUAACUUUAACAAAAUUAAACACGAUGAAAUCAUAUUUGAGAUGAUAAAGGACAAAAAAGGAGGUUCACCUUUGACUAACAAUGCAGAGUGUCCUCAACCCCAGAAGAUGGUUGUGUUGGUCAAUGUUAGCCCUCUAGAGUUUGGACAUUGUCUCUUUGUCCCAGAUCCUGCUCACUGUCUCCCACAGAUCCUGACAAAGUUUGCAAUCCAUGUCGGCAUUGAAGCUGUGCUUCUGAGCUCUGAUCCCGGUUUCCGUGUGGGGUUCAACAGUUUGGGAGCAUUUGCAUCUGUCAAUCAUUUACACCUCCAUGGAUAUUACCUAGACCAUCCCCUCAAGAUAGAGUCUAAGCCAGUUAAACCUUUAUGUCCUGAAAAGGGAUUUUAUCGAAUUUUGGACUUCCCGGCAGGCUUUUUGUUUUAUGCAGAAUCAGAGGAGGUGGAGAAAGUGGCCCAAACUAUCUGUGAAGUCACAGAUUUUCUUGUGAAUAAUAAUAUUGCUCAUAACCUCUUUUUGACUAGAGGAAGCCCGCCGUGUGUUCAAACGCAAGGUGAAAAGGAUUUCUGUUCAAGAAAAGGUGUUCGCAUUGCUGUGUGGCCCAGAAUAUCCUGCUUUGGUGCCAAAGAGGAGUCUGCCUUUAAUGUUGCUCUAUGUGAACUGGCUGGACAUUUACCCUUUAAGAGCAAAAAGGACUUUGAGCGCAUGACAGAGAAAGAUGUCGUUGAUGUAAUCCAGAGCUAUCUUUUGCCUGAAGAUGAGUUUCACCAGCUGGAACAGCAGCUUACUGAACAUUUAUUGUGUUCAUAAUGUGCGGUCAUUUUCAUCAACUUACAGCUGGGCUGGAAGGGUCUUAGACUUUUGAUGGAAUAAAUGGAUGAAUCUGGCCUCUGGAUUUUGAAUUAAAUUGUAAAAACUGCACUACCGUACUGAAUGUGUGUCAGAAUCUUCCCUGUACAAUGAAAGAGAUUACACAUGUUGAGAUUUAUAUGAUAUUUACAAGAUAAA